GCCUGCCAUACAUGAUCUGUCAUCGUCCUCCGUACAAAAGGGAAGUUGAAAGAAGUGGGAGAGGGAGACAGCGGAGAAAUCUAACGUUACUGUGUCUGACUGGAUACUUUGUGAACAGACAUCGAAGAGCUGAACAUAUUGUCCCGGAAACGUCUCGUUCUUCCCCCAGACUUCUUUUCUUUUGGUAGGUGUUUUCCAGUUUUUGUUGCGUUCGGGGGCCACCGCCGCCGCACGGUGACAUGGCCAGUAGAGGCGGAGCCACACGACCCAACGGGCCGAACGCCGGCAACAAGAUCUGCCAGUUCAAACUGGUGCUGCUGGGAGAGUCGGCGGUGGGGAAGUCGAGUCUUGUGCUUCGUUUUGUCAAGGGUCAGUUUCAUGAAUUCCAAGAGAGCACGAUUGGAGCUGCCUUCCUGACUCAGACGGUAUGCUUGGAUGACACGACGGUCAAAUUUGAGAUCUGGGACACGGCGGGUCAGGAGCGGUACCACAGCCUGGCUCCCAUGUACUACAGAGGCGCCCAGGCGGCCAUCGUGGUUUAUGACAUAACAAACGAGGAUUCGUUUGUUCGAGCGAAGAACUGGGUCAAAGAGCUUCAGAGACAAGCCAGUCCAAACAUUGUAAUAGCGCUGGCUGGGAACAAGGCGGAUCUGAUGAACAAGAGAGCUCUGGACUUUCAGGACGCUCAGUCGUACGCAGACGACAACAGUUUGCUCUUCAUGGAAACUUCAGCCAAGACCUCCAUGAACGUGAACGAGAUCUUCAUGGCCAUCGCAAAGAAGCUCCCGAAGAACGAGCCUCAGGCGUCCGGAGCCGGCAGCGGGCGGAACCGGGGCGUGGACCUGACGGAGACAGCUCAGCCCACCAGCCGUUCCUGCUGCACCAACUCAACCCCCCCCCCCCCCCCCCCCCAACAGAACAUCUGGGCGUCGGGCUCUUUGGUUUCUGGACCGCUCGCCUGGUUGGACGCCCAGCUGUUCACAGAGCCGUCCCUGCUGACAGAGGAGGAACCAGAACCAGGCUCUGUUUUGGUGCAGAUAGCAGUCCUGAGCAGCAGACAGAGCUGCUCCUCAUCCCACUUACAGAUGAUUGUGAUCUUUGCUCUGCUGAGAUUAAAUGAAAGAGAAGUGGAGGCCAGAGAUGCAGCUCAGAGAGCAGCAGGACGACCCUCAGGCGAAAGGCUGUAUUUUUCAGAUGAUGAUGAUGAUGAUGGGGGUAUUGGUAUAAAACAAAAGCUCUCCCCGAGUCUGGGCAGCCUGUGUUUCUGCAUCAGGGAGUUUGGGGGUAAAUGUGUUACAACGUCAGAUCUGGAUGAAUGA